CCAAGAAAGAAGACAUGGACUACUACUUGCCAAAUCCACACGUAGCAUUAUUUGUAAGCCCAGGCAUGGGCCAUCUCAUCCCUCUGGUAGCCCUCUCCAAGCGCUUGUUCUCCCACCACGGCUUCCACUCCACCAUCUUCGUCGCCUCAUCUUCAACCCCCACUACCACUGCCCAAUCCCAACUCCUUCAAUCCCUACAACUCCCCUCCGCCAUCCACAUCGUCCAUCUCACGCCACCCGAUAUCUCCGCCUUCGUCACUAACCAAACAGCCAUCUUCUCCCGUAUCAGUAUCACCGUCAGAGAAUCAAUACCAACCCUAAGAGAUGCUCUUGCUGCCAUGUCACCGCAGCCCUCUGUGCUGAUCGUCGAAAUGUUUGGCACCUACGCUUUCCCUAUCGCAGAAGAGCUAGGCAUCCCUAAAUACGUUUACAUCCCUACCACGGCAGCCUUCUUGGCGUUAACGGUAUAUGUGCCGACGCUGCAUGAGGAGAUAGAGGGCGAAUACGUGGACAUGCAGGAGCCGGUUCACAUCCCAAGUUGCAAGCCGAUUCGGGCGGAGGACUUGGUCGACCCCAUGAUGGACCGGAAGAACGACCAAUACGACUACUAUGUAUACAUGGGGUGCAAGCUGCCCUUGGCAGAUGCAAUAAUAAUAAACACGUGGGAGGAUUUAGAGCCAAGAACACUAAAAGCCCUCCGAGAGGAUCCCAUCCUACGUCGGAUCAUGCCUCUGUCGGUUUAUCCGGUUGGCCCAAUAGUGAUGUCAGCGAAGCAACCUUGUGAACAAUCACGUGCAGAGUGUGUGGCGUGGCUGGAUGAACAACCCGUGGAAUCGGUGAUUUACGUGUCGUUAGGGAGCGGUGGAACGCUGUCGGAGGAGCAACUCAAUGAGUUGGCUCUUGGUUUGGAGCUGAGUGGGAAACGAUUUCUUUGGGUGGUGCGUCCACCGUCAGGGAAGGACGGGGCUUUCUUCACCGCAUUGGGCGGGGUUGCAGACGAACACGAUGAGCUGUCAAGGUACUUGCCGGACGGGUUCUUGACCCGGACACUAGGGGUGGGGUUCAUCGUCCCCCUGUGGGCCCCGCAGGUAGAGGUGUUGAGCCAUCCAUCUAUUGGACGGUUCUUAUCACACUGUGGGUGGAACUCAACGCUGGAAAGCAUGGUCAACGGCGUGCCGAUGAUAGCGUGGCCAAUGUAUGCGGAACAGAAGAUGAAUGCGGCGAUGCUAGAGGAGGAAGUAGGGGUGGCGGUGAGGACGAAGGAGUUGCCGACGAAGAGGGUGGUGGGAAGGGAAGAGAUAGAGAAGCUGGUAAGGGUGGUGAUGGAAAAAGAAGGGGAUGCAGUGAGGAAAAAAAUGAAGGAAGUGAAGGAAAGUGGGUUGAGAGCGGUGGGUGAGGGUGGGUCUUCUCGGGAUUGGCUUUCUCAUGUUGUGGAGCAGUGGAAGAUUGGUUACGCUGAAGCAAGGCAACCGAGGUGAGACAAGAGGGAGAGAUCGAUGGAGGCAUGGAGAUGAUCUUGAGUGGUCAUGAACAGUAAUUAGAAGAAUGGAGAUAUCCCAAGAGUUACCCUAAGUGUAAGUUUGGCCAUGAAAAUCCGAACUCAUCCUAAAUUUGAAUAUAGAUGGGAUCAGGUUCAGGUAUGAGAAUAAUUUCAUUCCUCUCUGAUCCAUGAAUUUAAAAUUCACUUUUUCUUUUCA